UCAUUAGUUCCCCGUUGGCCUCGACGUGGCACCGAGAGGAGAGAGGAUCCGGGUCUGAGUUAGCUCUGUUUACCCCCUGAAAACCGGCUGAUUACUGGCUGUUUACCGGCUCAUCUCAGGCUGCUAACCGGCUGAUUACCGGCUCCUCUUUCUCCCCCGCAGGCUCCUACCCCCCGCCGCUGGACGGGACUCUAAAGAUGGGGCUGACCAUCUCCUCGCUGUUCUCCCGGUUCUUCGGGAAGAAGCAGAUGCGGAUCCUGAUGGUGGGUCUGGACGCAGCAGGUAAAACGACGAUCCUCUACAAACUCAAGCUGGGAGAGAUCGUCACCACCAUCCCAACCAUCGGCUUUAACGUAGAGACGGUGGAGUAUAAGAACAUCUGCUUCACGGUGUGGGACGUGGGGGGGCAGGACAAGAUCCGCCCGCUGUGGAGACACUACUUCCAGAAUACACAGGGUCUGAUCUUCGUGGUGGACAGUAACGACAGAGAGAGAGUCGCUGAGUCAGCGGAGGAGCUCUCCAAGAUGAUCCAGGAGGACGAGCUGAAGGAAGCCGUGCUGCUCGUCUUCGCAAACAAACAAGAUCUCCCCAACGCCAUGGCAGUGAGCGAACUCACCGACAAGCUGGGGCUGCACAGCCUGAGGAGCAAGACUUGGCACGUUCAGGCGACCUGCGCGACACAGGGCACCGGGCUCUACGAGGGUCUCGAUUGGCUGUCCAACGAGCUGUCCAAACGCUGAGGAGGAUGAAGAUGAAGAGGAGGAAUUCACUGAACUGUUUUGUUUUUUAAAUUAUAUGUGUCGUCUGUGGGAGGAAGUGAUGUCAUGGACUCUGACCUCUGACCUCUUUGAAUCCGCAUGUUUUAAAAUCAUGUGAAAGGAAGGGGUGGGGCUUAACACACCUGUGAGGGGGCGGGGCUUAACACACACCUGUGGGGGGCGGGGCUUAACACACACAUCUGUGGGGGCGGGGCUUAACACACACACCUGUGGGGGUGGGGCUUAACACACACACCUGUGGGGGGCGGGGCUUAACACACACACCUGUGGGGGGCGGGGCUUAACACACACACCUGUGGGGGCGGGGCUUAACACACAUCUGUGGGGGGGCGGGGCUUAACACACACACCUGUGGGGGGCGGGGCUAACCUGAAGUCAUUCCAUAACAUGUGAAGAAGAGAAGUGAUGAAGACGAUGCAAUAAAGGGUUUCUCUUUCUUCA